UUGGAUGCGACGUUGCAAAGGAUGGGAUAGAAGAAUCGCACAUCUGACGGGAGAAAACGCGAGCAAGCCCUUGCUUGACCAGUCUCAAGAAAGCUCGUCUACGGCUCUGCUCCUCGCCGGCGAUGACGCCCGCGGAGACCUCCCCGCCGGCGCCACCUCCACGUGCUUCUCACCCUGUCUCCUCCCCGCUCCUCCUACAAGACCCCACAACCCAGGCCACGUGCCCUUGGAGGGAGCAGCUCACCGUCCGUGGCGUCGCCGUGGCUGCGGCGCUGGGCGCGCUGCUCUGCGUGGUAAUCCACCGCCUCAACCUCACCGUCGGGGUUAUACCGGCGCUUAACGUCGCGUCGGGCCUCCUCGCCUUCUUCCUCGCCGCGGCGUGGCGUGCUGCCGCCGGGUGGCUAGGGUUUGGCCGCGGGCCGCCCUUCACGAGGCAGGAGAACACCGUCAUCCAGACGUGCGCCAUAGCAUGCGCCGGCCUCGCGUUUAGCGGGUGCUCCGCCUCCUACAUCUUUGCUAUGGACAGGAAGACUUAUGAGCUCGUGGGACCAGACUAUCCCGGUAAUCGAGCCGAAGAUGUUAAGGAUCCUUCACUUGGCUGGAUGAUCAGUUUCUUGUUCCUCAUUGCUCUCGUUGGGCCAUUUAGCAUUGUCUUGCUUCGAAAGGUAAUGGUGAUUGAUUACAAGCUUGCAUUCCCUGGUGGAACAGCUACAGCUUUGAUGAUCAAUAGCUUGCAUGGGAAAACGGAUGGUGAUCUUGCAGGGAAAAAGCUGCACUGCCUUGUAAAAUACAUGGGCAUUAGUUUUGUUUGGAGCUUCUUUAAAUGGUUCUUUAGUGGUGUUGGUGACUCUUGUGGUUUUGACAAUUUCCCAACAUUUGGGCUUGAAGCUUUUAAAAGCACGUUUUAUUUCGACUUCAGUCCUAGUUAUGUCGGGUUUGGUUUUAUUUCCCCUCAUAUUGUAAACUGCUCAGUUUUCCUUGGAUCUGUCAUAUCUUGGGGCUUUCUUUGGCCAUUUAUUAGUGCACAAGCUGGUCAUUGGUACCCAGAUAACCUUGGUAACAGUGAUUUCAGAGGCCUAUAUGGUUAUAAGGUCUUCAUAGCCAUUUCGAUUAUACUUGGAGAUGGCCUAUACAACUUGGUUAAGAUAUUUAUUGUCAUUGCUAGAGAAUUAUGCAGCAUGCAAUCGAAACAACAUGAGCUGCCUGUUCAAGCUCUGGAAGAUGACGGGAGUUGUGAACAACUAGCAGAUGAGAAACUACAAACAGAGAUAUUCCUCAAAGAUAGUAUAUCUCCUUGGUUUGCUGCUUCUGGUUACAUUGUCCUGGCAGCAAUAUCCACCGCCAGUGUGCCCGCCAUAUUUCCCCAGCUCAAGUGGUACCUUGUCCUCCUGUGCUACUUCUUCGCUCCCGUGGUUGCGUUCUGCAACUCCUACGGAAUGGGCCUCACCAACCUGAACCUUGCCCCGACCUACGGCAAGAUCGCCCUCUUCGCGUUGGCCUCGCUCGUCGGCAGUGAUGGCGGUGGAGUCAUCGCCGGCCUUGCAGCCUGUGGCAUCGUAAUGUCCGUUGCCUGUUCCACAGCCGAUCUAAUGCAGGACUUGAAGAGCGGGUACCUGACCCUCUCGUCGCCGCGGUCGAUGUUCACUGCCCAGCUGAUCGGCAUCGCGCUCGGGUGCGUCAUAGCUCCGCUCACGCUGUGGCUCUUCUGGACAGCCUUCGACAUCGGCGACCCUGACGGGGAGUACAAGGCCCCCUUUGCCAUCAUGUUCCGGGAGAUGGCCAUCCUCGGGAUGGAGGGCUUCUCCGCGCUGCCACUGCACUGCCUUGACAUCUGCUAUGCCGCCUUCUUCCUCGCCUUGGCCACCAGUCUCCUCAAGGACGUGGCGCCCGCAAACGUGUCCAGGUUCAUCCCCAUACCGAUCGCUAUGGCUGCGCCGUUCUACGUUGGCGCCUACUUUGGCGUGGACAUGUUCAUAGGCACGGCGAUCUUGUACGCCUGGCAGAAGCUGAACCGGGAGCAGGCUGAUGGUUACGCGGUGGCUGUGGCGUCCGGGCUGAUCUGUGGAGAUGGGAUCUGGAGCAUCCCUUCUGCUCUUCUGUCCAUCCUGGGAGCUGUUCCACCCAUCUGCAUGUCGUUCGAGGCUUCCUCUGCUCCCAGGUGAGAGAUGAACAAUACGCAGAAGUUUUUAUUACUGGCCAUAUGUUUGCGCCAUUGAUGAAACCAUAUGGAUUGUAACACAAAGGAGGUGUUAGUUGUUCGUAAUUUGUACCUCCGAUGAUUUUAUAUGAAACAAAAACACGUCUUUGCAUGUAAUGUAAAUACAUACAUUCUCUGGUUU